UCUGAAGGAUCACAAGAAAGCGAAGAAGAAGAAAAGCCUAAGAUUUUGCCCAAAACUCCACCACAACCUGAUAUGCCAUCCAAAGGUGUAGAGCAUAUAAAUACUACAAAAUUAGAGUCUAAGCAAAAAUUCAUCCGACCUUCUCCCGAAAGUAGCUUGUCAGGAAGUGCAGGAGAGCAAGAAGUGAAGAAAGACGUACUAGAACCUCCGGCAACAACGCAUCCUGUUGGUCCACCGUCUACUUUGCCACCAAAUGUUGCGGACGGUCCGUCAAAGAAGGAGGAAAAAGAGUCUAUGCCUCAGGUUCCGACAUUGAAACCUCUGCCGAGUACUUUGCUUUCAUCAAAGACUGCAGAAGUUUCGCAGAUCACAAAGCCAGAGCUGAAGCAUUCUUUUGCAAAGGUUCAUGCUAUCCCUCCUUCUGCUGCAUUGCCAGAAAGUGCAAAGGAAGAAACAUCGAAGAAUAUCAAGCUUGAAACUCCGCCUGCCCUUCCAAAAUAUGUCGAAGAAGACAAAACAGCAAAGGUUGAAGUUAAACCCAUUCCGGCUGCAGUUUCUCCCACAAGGGUACCACUGAAGGCUGUAGAGGUAUUAAACCAAAUGGCACCGGCUAUGUUCACAAUCUCUGAAAUAGAAACGAAGGCUAAAACGUUAAAGUCUGAGCAGUUCUUGGAAGCUCCAGCUUCCAUCUCGCCAUCUGUUCCACAGGGUGAACCAGAUGAUAAGGCAAAAAAGAUAGAACCUUCUGUAUCGACAAAGUCUCAGUCACCACAUCGGCCUACCAUAUUACCAUUCAAGAUUGGAGCGGAUGUGAAAGUGACAAAGUUAAAGCCUAAACAACCGAGAGCGAAAAAGAAGGAACUUGGAUUGAACACAACAACUGCCAUUUCUCCCACAUCCUUACCUUCUCCUUUAAAGGAGAAGAAAAUGAAGUUUGAGCUCCCACCUACGCUAUCUCCAAAGGUUAUGAAGGAUAAAAAGCAUCUCAAAGGAAAAGUGGUACAUUCUCCUGCAGAGCCUCAGACUCUCACUCCUGUCGUCAUGCCAACAAAAAUAGAAGAAAAAUCUUCAAAAAGCGAGCCACGACGGCCGAGUGUAGUGGAGGAAAUGAAUGCAGUGCGAGAGCUGGGUUCACCUCAAGAUGAUGCGACCGAUCGAGAUGGUUUGUCGCUUGAGACCAUAGAUGUGCAUUCAGUUGUCGAUUUACGGCAGCAUGGAACGUUUUACGUUGCAAUGCCAGAUGAAUCGCGGAUAGAAACAAAGGGAUCAACGAACAUUCAAGGAUCCAUAAAGUUGGCAGAUGAUGGUAAAUCGCCGAAGGUCCUUGCUUACAUAAAUGUUGGGUAG